GACCCCUGAAGAUUUUUGCAGAAGGGAUGUCAAAUGUGGACAUCCGAGGGGCAUGUCGAUGCACUUGCCUGAAGUGGUGGACAGUCAGGGCGGGACAGUUAAAAUUUGCGGAGAAGGAAUUCAAACAGUCCUUGCCUGAGCACCUGCAGGUGGUGUUAAAGGACAAGAAGCUAUUGUUGCUGCAGGAGAUGUUGGAGGAGUUACAAUAUCCUGAUAAGACGUAUGACGUGAAGCAUGCGUAUAAGCAAUUUGGUAUUGCAGUGGACGACCGUGAACUUGUACGGUUGGCGGUGAGGAAUCCUAUCGACCACAAGGGCGAAGCUCAAUUGGGACACACCCGUGAGAGACGUGAAGAGAUUGGUGCCGUGUUGGAUGAUAUACUCCAUUCCUCGAGUGUUACUACAAAACAGGCAGAAUCACUUAGGGGCAGACUGCACUGGUUUGAGUCUUUUGCUUUUGGUCGUGUGGCCAAGGGGGCGGUGAAGACUUUGGGUGACUUGUCUUUGCGAAGGACAAAGAAGGUACAACGCAGAGAUCAUGAAGUCAGGGAUCUUCGGUUUCUUAAGGAAAGAGUUUUGCAGGCGCCUCCUUUGAAGUUGACCCCCACAUCCUUGCUCGCUUGGAUAGUGUUCACAGAUGGAGCCUGUGAAGGACCCGCAGGAGCUAAGAACGGCAGUGUGGGGGGGCGCUGGAAGAUCGGCCUUUUUGAAGGCCUAUGGGGCAACAGAAAUUGCCGUGUGAUGGUGAGAGACUUCACCUAUCACGAGAUGGAACUUCAGAUCAAAUCUUGGUUCGCAAGGGUGCCAAGCGCAUCAAAUUUAGUUGAUGCCCCGUCGCGUCUUGAAGACUCAUACUUGAGAGAUCAAGGGGCGUGCAAAGUGGCCAUUGACUGGAUGGCAAUCAGGGAGACGUUGGCAGCUGUUUUCCAGAAAUGGGGGAAGGCACGGCAGCAGACCUAG